AUGCUGAGGGAACUCAGCAGCAUUCCCGAUUAUGUGAUUGAUAUCGUCACACGAAGCAAGCACAUUAUUACCGAGGAAGGUUUAGGUGAAGCAAUUAUUCUCCAAAACGCAGAAUACUUUGAAACACCAAAAGCUUUGAUUGAAUAUGAAACAUUCGACAAAGAAAUUGACCUUUCAAACACACCGUUCUAUCCAAAGCAUCAAAACUAUAAUGAGAUCAUCAAUGAAUACGUUCUUGAAGAACUGAAUCUGAUUGCAGAAAAAAUCGAUUCUAACAAUUACAAAGAAUUUUAUAAAUGCUGCGAAGAUGCUCUUCCUAAGAUAGGUGAAAAUGAGCGUGCUUAUGACAUAUUUGCAUCAUUUAUUGUACUAUUUCACAUCAUUUCGAAGAGAAUUAAAGUAGGAGGACCAUCAAAAUUCAUUACAUCACCCUUUUUAUUCCAACCAACUAUCAUCGUUAGUAAAUCAGGUGAAAAUCCACUGUUUUAUCAACAAAUCAAUACAAUUCGCCAUUAUGUAAUGGAUUUACUUGCAGUUAAUGGAGUUGAUGAUGUAAAGACAAUCAUGGACAAUCUUAUGCAGAAGCCAGAAAUCUUUGCAGAGUUUACAGAGAGAUUAAUCUCAAUUCAGCUAGUUUUCAAUCUCUCUAAGUUCAAUUUCCAAGUUAUCAUACAAGCAUUGAUGUACUCAAUGACUCAAUUCCAAUCUUAUAAGAAUCUUGAUGAAAAAACAAGAAAUGCAAUUAAUAACGCAAGAAUGGCUAUUCUUUUAGUUCUUAAUAACUAUUUACUACAACCAGAGCUUACACUUUUACUCUUCGAUGAUGAUUACUUCAUUGAUUCUUUCUUUGAUUUGAUAUAUGAAUAUCCAUUGAUAAAAUUCGUCAUUUCUCAUCUCGGAAGGUACAUAAAGUCAGAUGUCACAGUCAAAAACAACAGACUUUUGAACAAAAUCGUUGAUGUUACUUUGUAUAUUGCAAAUAACAUGCAAAAAGAAAAAGUUGCAUGUAUCGGAUCAUAUUUAUUCGGUCUUAUUGGAGAAAUACUUCCAUUGUCCGAAGUUUACGUUCAAGUUUUCGUAAAAUUAAUUUCAGAUAUUAUUGUUGGUCUAAACGGAAUAGAAAACACUCCGAUAUCUCAGGACUUGAUAUUUAACAUCAUUACACUUCUAAAUAACUUAGAAGCCCACGCUUUAUCCGCUCCAGAAGUAACUGCUUUACAGAACUCAAUUUCCAGAGUUUUUGGAGACGAACCAUCUCAACAUAUCUUCUUGAAGCUCAUCCAACUCAUUGCUGGCAAACCUUUGGCGAAUAUUAAUCCUCAAUUCUUAGUUAAGAGACCAAAAGGCAUAAAACUACUCAUAGCUGUAUUCCUUAAGUCCAGUAACAUCAAAAUUGUCUUCGCUUUCGUUGCACAGUUGUUACAAUUCGCUCCAGAAAAUGCAGAACAAGCUCAUUACGGCGAAGUCAAUAGAUAUCUCAUAGAUCUCAUCUUCCAAUGGCGUCUCGAAGAUGGCAACAUGAAAGAAGUAGUUGCGAGCGCAUUUUCUUUGUUAAUGCUCAUUUCAACACAAAUUUGCUCAGUUUCUGUUGUUAGACACUUCAUUUCCCUUUUAUGUCCAAUAGAAGGUCGUUUCCUCCCAUUCUACCACCCGAUUACUCUCAAACUCCUUAAUAAUAUGCUAAUUGAGAGCAAAAGGAAGCCAACGGCAGUACUUCCACUUGCUGAGAACUGCAGUUUCGAGAUUGACGGCCUCAACGGUGAAGAUUUCUCCAAGGGAUUCACUUUAUCCAUCUGGUUAAUGAUAAACAACAAAGAUCCUCAUUAUAAAUCUCAGUUGUUCAUUUCAAGAGACAACGAUAAUACAACGAUAGGUAUAUAUUUGGCCGGUGACCAAAUUGUUGUCUUUGCAGAGAACCAAGGCGAACAAUGGACAGGCCGUCCUGAUGUUGUUUUACCACAAAAGGAAUGGUGUUUUGUUUCUGUUACUGCAACACCAGAUCCAUCAAGGCAACAGUUCACUUUCUACACGACAGUUAACAAUGGCGAAGGAAAGAUCAUCUAUUUCCCUUUGGUCGUGCCAAAACAAGGACCAUUAAAAGUGUCAAUGAUUGGCGGUUUGUCACGUGAUUCAUUACGUGUCAGAAAUGUAUCAUUACUUGGUCCGAUUGGACUGUUUCCAUUACAGAAACCUGAUGCAAUGAUCAGUAUUUAUGAUGCAGGACCAGCAGGUGCAGUUCCUUCUCAUUUGAAACCAUUGUUCUACAUGGUUCCAAGAGAAAUUGAAAAAGGCGUGAGAUUGGAAAAUAGAUUUAAUGAAAAAGUGACAGUUUCUAAUUCGAGUAUUUCUUACACAAGAAUUUUCUCAUUCACAGAGAUAUUAGUUAACAGAGUUGGCAUUGACAUAUUGUUACCUAUAUUCGCACAAUGGGAUUUGACCUUCAAAACAGGCGAAGUUGUUCAAUUUUUGGCAGAACAAACAAUAGAAUUACUUGAAAACGCAUUGAGCUUAUCAGAUGAAUCACAAACUAACUUCGCUGAAGCAGAUGGUUUCAAGAUCAUCUCAAAUCUCAUUAUAAAGAAUGACAUAAAUCACAUCAACUACAGUUUGUACACAAAAUUUGUGAAUAUUUUGGGAGUUUUGACAUCAGAAACCGCUCAAAAUUCAUUGUUCCACGAUAUCUUAAUGAACAUUGAGAUCUGGAUCAAUGCAACAGCAACAGAUCACGUGAGAAUCGUUAAGCAUUGGGCCAGGAACAUGUGUCCUUCGAAGAAAUUCUCGACAAUCAUAGAUUUCGAGUUUAUUUUGGCAAUUUUGAGAAUUUAUUAUUGGUAUGACACAGAUCCAUUGAAUGCAAUCACUAGAUAUCCAAAGCGAUGCAGAGGAGAGAAGCUCGCUGUCAGUGAAUGCAGAAGAUAUUUGUUGGCAAUCGCACAUAUGAUUGCAAGACAUAAAUUCCAAGAUUCUGAUUUCAAAUUGUUGAUGUCAUAUAUUUUGACGACAGGUGAUUUACAACAGAACAUUGAUUUGUUGUAUUUCCUUCGCGAACUUAUUGAUGACACACAACACAACAUUCUUCAAAACUGUUCUGUUGAUUUGAUCAAGUUACUUCAGUAUUUACUCAAUUUGAAGAACGAAACUGUUGUUGUAAGUUUGAUUGCAACAGUUAUCGAUGCACACAGAAGAAACUUGUUCAAAGACAUGACAAUUAUUAAUCAUUUGGACAUUAUUCUUCACCAAUUAACUUCCAAUUUCGUUUCCAAAUCAAUGCUCCUUAAAUUGGUCGAAUUAUGUAACUCAAAUUGUCCUGAAAUCUUUCCAAUUUGUUCAUGGAUGGCUGUGAACAUUGGAGCGAAAGCAAUUGGUUACAUAUUGGAUAACAUGAAGCCAAGCUACAAUUUCGCAACAAGCACUAACUGGAACCAAUGGUUUGUUGUCGCUUAUUACAAGACUGAACCGGAUUUGAAGAGAUCUUUGAUGAGAUUUUUGAUUGAUUCAUGUGGAAACAAUUUAGGACAAUUAGUAAGUUGUUUUGAAGUUAUCGGAUUAAGUUUAGGAGAAAACAAAGAUAACGCAAUACAUGAUUUAGUAUUAGAAGCAGGUAAAUCUGUUCUUAAUGGUUCAGAAGCUGUUGUUAUCAAUGAAUACGUCAAAAUCAUGAAACAUUUCGUUUUCUUCAGAGAAAAUGAAGGAGAAACAACAAAUCAAAUGCUUCAAAUUUUAUUUGACAAUUCUCCAUUUGCCGAGAAAACACAAACAACAACUAAAUCAAGGAAUAAACAAGGAACACCACCAAGAAACUUAAGGAAUUCUCCAAAGAAGGAUAUGAUCAGAAAAGCAAGACAUUCUCUUCAUCCAAGUACAAUUGCUCAAUUCACUGAAAACACUGAAAAUUAUUCUCCUUUGUUGGCUGAACAAGCUUUGGCAGCUUUCAAUCCAAUACAACAAGUCAUUCCCUCGAUGUCUACAUUCAAGAACAGAAGAGUUUCAAUGCUGAACAUUGGAAAGAGGAAAUUCCAAUACGAAAGCCAUAUUGAACCAGAUAAAAAAGUCAUUAAUUUGAUGCCAAACGAUUUGGAUAAGAAAGUUGCGCAUAUCGCUGAAAGAGAAUUCACUUAUUCAUUCGGAUUAAGGUAUUCUAAAUCAGGAAAUUGGCUGGAUUAUGAUUUAGCUGACCAAUUCAUUGAUAUCUACACGAAAAUACCUGAUCCAGAACAUGCAACUCUUGCAAUGACGAUUUGCGCUUAUCUCAUUCGUUACAACAAUCCAAAGAUCGAGAAACUCCUCAAGAUAUUGCCAAGUAAUGAUAGUUUGUAUAGUAAUGGAAUGAAUUACAUUUCUCACUAUGCAAAUCAAAGUGGAGUUUCAAGUCCUGUACAGUCUAUUUCAAGUAACUAUCAUCAGUUGGCUUUCGAGUUCAGUCAGAAUGUUCCUAAAGCUCUUUCAAGCAAAGACAUGAAAGCAAGUUCAUUGAGACUGAUGAAAUAUGUUUUGAAGUCUCAAACAGAAAAUUCACAGAGAGCAUUCCAGAUUUUCUCGAUGAUUACUGAUCAAAUUGUCAUCGCUUGCAGCAACUCUGUGAACAUGAUGAGCGACCAAGUCUCAGAAGGCAUAGAGAACGCAAGCAAAUUGUGGACAAGAUGCUGGCAAAGCAUGACAAUUGAUAACGCGCCAUGGUGCAAAUCAUUGCCUAAAUCGAGAAUUGGAGAAAUCCACUUCAAGAGAGAUAACACGUUAGGACCAAAUUAUUGUCCAACAAUGAUGAGAAGGAACUACAACUUCGAUAACCACAUGUCUGCUUCUUUGUUGAGAGAUACAGGAUCAACACAAAACGCUGAGAAAGCUUUGGAAGAUUACAAAGCUAAAUUACAAGAAGAAUACAAACAAAAUGCUCCUGUUCAGUUAUUCGAAGUUGAAGAAACAGACAUCGAACAUCCUUCAUCAACAGAGUCUCCUUCCAAGCCACAGAACAAGAACUACAGUGGAAACGAGUGCAUCAUUGAGUUGCCAUGCGAAAUCAUUAAAAACAAUGGCGUUAAAAAGGCAAUUUUCGCUUUAUUGGCUGAUGCUUUGAUUUUAACUUACGAAACAGGCAAAAUCAGGUCAAUAAAUCCACAUAAAAUCACUGCUUUGUUUGAGAGAACUCGUUUCCAUCAUCCAACAGCCAUUGAGAUCUUUUUGACAACAGGACAAACUGUUUUCAUCAAUUUCCCGAAUAUCAAAUCAUUGACUGUUUUGAAGCACUUCAAAUCCCUUCAAAUGCCACAAUUGAAGAUGUGCCAAACAGUUGAGUUCAAGCCAUUCUUCGAGCAGAUCUCUAAGACAGAUUUGUGGGUAAAGAGGAAGAUCAGCAACUUCGAUUACUUGAUGCAUUUGAACAUGUCAAGUGGAAGAACAUUUAAUGAUGUCAGCCAAUAUCCAAUCAUUCCAUGGAUUUUGAGCGAUUACACAUCAGAAAACUUGAACUUAAAUGAUCCAAUGGUAUAUAGAGAUCUUUCUAAACCAGUUGGAGCAUUGAAUGACGAGAGAUUCGAAACACUUGCUGAGAAAUACAACAGUUUCGCAAGUGUCGGAAUGACUCCUUAUCUGUUUUCAAGUGGUUAUUCAUGUCCACUUUCAAUUUAUCUUUGGCUGAUGAGAAUGGAACCUUUCGCAACUCUCCACAUUGAGAUACAAAGUGGAAGAUUCGACCACGCUGCAAGAUUGUUCUCUUCUGUUUCCGCUGCUUGGAAACUCUCAACAACUCAUCAAAAUGAUUUCAGAGAGUUAAUUCCUGAGUUUUUCACUCAAGCCGACUUUUUGAUGAAUAAAAACGGUUUUGAUUUAGGAAAAUUCAGUGGAGAACAAGUAAAUGAUGUACAAUUACCUCCAUGGGCACCAACACCUUAUGAUUUCGUUUAUUUGAACAGAAAAGCUCUUGAAUCAGAAUACGUUUCGCAGAACUUGCACAAAUGGAUUGAUUUGGUUUGGGGAAGCAAACAAACAGGAAAAGAAGCCCUCAAAGCAAAGAAUAUCUAUGUAUCUCAGAUGUAUCCCGAUAUCUGGAAGCAAGUUAACAUGAACGAUCCACAAAUAAGAGCUAAAACAGAAGCAAUUCUGUGCCAUGUUGGACAAGUUCCACAAAAAUUGUUUGAUAACGAUCAUCCACAAAGAAACAUGGAAAUCGUGAAGAAAUCCGUGAUUGACAAAGUGAUUUCAACAGAUUUACGUGCUAAAUCACUUCUUUUGUCUCAAUCCAAACUCGUUGGAGAGAACAAGAUCAGAGUUUCAUCAAUUGACGAAACAGGAAUCAUUGUUUCUUCAAUUUAUGAUACACAAGUAUUGAACAAACUCUCUAAAAUCACUCAGAACAAGACAAGAUCAAGAAGUGAUUCAAACAGAGUUUCAAACGUAUCGCCAACAAAGGCAAGAAGAAGGAAAUCAACAGAUAAUCCAUUGACAAGUUUGUCAAAUGUCGGAAUCGAAGUUUCUACAAAUGAUUUCUCGAUGUCCACACAUUCUGUUAAAUCAUUCUCCAAUGUUAUCCCGAUGUCCGCACAAAAGAUCAUUUGCCAAAUGCCGGAUGGUUCUUUGUUCAUCUCCAAAGUCAACGCAAAUGAAGUCUUUAAGAUCGCAAACAACUCAAAUACAAUUAAUUUGGCGAUCAGACAAAGAUCUUCAAUUACUGCAAUGGCUUCUGAUGAAGGCUGUUUGUUAACAGCAAAUGGAGAUUCAGUGAUAACUAUCUAUACAAAAGGAGAAGGAUCAGAAGGAAUGUUCACUAUUCCAAGCUAUUCUUCAACCAUCAAAUGUGCAGCGGUUUCUGUAAGAUAUCACAUGUGCGUUUGUGGAACAAGAGAUGGAAAUAUCUUGUUCUGCUCACUCAACAACAGAUCUAUCACAAGAAUUGUUUCAUUGGGUGAGAGAAGAGCCAGCUCCAUAUUAAUCACAAAAGGCCGGGGAUUCGUUGUUAUCCAUUCGACUGAUUUGUCUUGCGGAUCGUUGAAACAUUAUUUGUCUUUGUAUUCCGUUUCUGGUGAUUUGAUUCGCGAAAAGGAACUUCAUUCAGGCGUACAGGCUUGGAGCACAGAAGUCGAUGAGAAAGGAUUUGACUACAUAACUCUUGCUGAUGAACUCGGAGACAUCUUUUUGUUCGAAGCAUUUUAUCUCGAUGUUUACAAUCCUUUGUUAUCGAUUUUGGAUGACUCUAUCAUUGAAAUCAAGUAUAUGCAAAGUGAGAACAUCGUUCUCGCUGUUACUUCAUUAGGAAAGGUUGUUUUUAUUCCAGUUUAA